AUGGCAUCACUCAUGUUGGUUUUGUCCGCGGCCCUCGUUAUCCCAUCGGCUUUAUUCGCGGUGAGCGGCAGGGGGCCCGGCGAACCGGACGGAUACAUUCUCACCUUGUCGCGUGCGGCCUCAAUCGUCCUCUUCGUAUUUUACCUCGUCUACCUGUAUUUCUCCGUCAAGAGCCAUCGCCAUCUCUUCACCGAAGAGGAGGCACCGGACCGCGAACCCCUGCACCCCGUGUCUGCCAUGACGGUGCUCGUCGCCGCGACGGUUGCCGUCUCGGUGCGCUCUGACUGCCUCGUGGACAGCGUCGACGGGUUCGUGGCAAAUCUCAACAUCAGCAAGGCCUUCAUCGGCUUGAUCGUCGUCCCGAUCGUGGGUAACGCCGGCGAGUUCGCCUCGACGGUCAAGUGGUCCAUGAACGACAAGCUCGGCCUGGCCAUUAGCGUUAUCGUCGGCAGCACGCUGCAGAUUGCUCUACUGGUGACCCCCUUUAUGGUCAUGGUGGGCUGGGUGCUGCAGAAGGACAUGUCGCUGAAGUUCAACGCUUUCCAAACAUUGACCGUUGCCCUGUCGGUUCUCGUGGUCAACGGCCUAGUCCGUGAUGGGCGCACCAACUACUUCGAGGGGUGUUUGUUGAUUGUCGCGUACCUGAUCGUUGCCAUCGUCUUCUUUGUGUACCCAGAAGAUAUCAGAACUAUGAUGGUCGAGCAAGGCUGA